AUGUUUCUGGUAUUCUUUUUGAUAUUAAUAUUAUUUGCAAAACAAGAAGCAACAAAACUUGAUAAUAAUACAGAAACAACAGCAAGAGAAGGAGGAGGAGAAGAAGUAACGGAAACAACAAUAACAAUGAAAAAUGAAGAAGCAUCAAAAACUGAAGCAAAUAGAAUAACUGAAGCAAAUAGAAAUAAAAAUGAAACUAAAAAAGAAAAUGAAACAAAAGAAGAAAUUGAAGCAAGUAAUAAAACUGAAGCAAAAAAUAAAACAAAAAAUGAAGCAGAAGCAAAUGUUCUAAAAUCUGCUAGACAAGAAGAAUUGACAACGUUGGAUGAUUUAACUGACGAGAUUUCUACUUCAACAACAACAACAUCUAGUAGUAGCAAUACUUCAACAGAUCGUUGUUUACAUGUUGAUUGCCCUAUUGCAUUUCCCGAUUGUCCUAGUGAUUCAGUUCCUAUCCUUAGCUUCACACCAACAACUGAUAAUUCUUCCUUGGCAGAAGAUAAUUGUUGUUCCUUAACUAAAGUAGAAUGUAAAUGCGAUUCCCAAAAGUGUUUAGUCCCAAUAUGCCCUGAAGGAACAGAAUUGACAUUUACACACAAUGGAAGUGAUAAGCCUGGACAAUGUUGUGAUCAAUUUGAAUGUCGACUAAAUGAACCAAACUGUCAAAAUGUUCACUGCCCUGACACUUCUUCAAUAAUUUUGGAUCCUUAUUCGCCCGAUGGACACACUUGCCCAGAUGAUAGUUACCGGCCUAAACCUUACAUUCCAACUGGCGGUUGUUGUCCAAUCAUAUCGCAAUGUCAAUGUAAACUGAGCAUUUGUGAACCGGCUCUAUGUUUACCAGAACAGCAACUGCUAAUAUUAGAACGAGGCAGAGGAGAACCUGGUCAAUGUUGUGAUAAAUUUAAAUGUGUAAAUGAAGGGGAUGAAAUUGAAGGAUUAUUUUUAGAAUCUAGUAGUAAUAGUGGUUGCCGUUAUGGAGGUCAUAUUUAUGCUAAAGGUGAACAUUGGCAUGCAGCACCGUGUCAGGAAUGUGAAUGUAGCUCUGCUGGUGUUGCAUUAUGCAAACGAAUGGAAUGCCCAGCCUUAUCACCGGAUUGUCAAUGGGUUGGUCUUUCACAAGGAGAAUGUUGCCCAGUCUGUUUGGGAUGUACUGAUGAUAAUGGCAAAAAUUAUUUGCCUGGAUCAAAUUGGGAACGUGAUGGGUGUACAAAUUGUACUUGUGGGGGAAGCGAAGAAAAUUUUGAUGAUGAUGAUUUUCAUUGGCAAUGUCAAAAAUAUAUUUGUCAAACAGAUUGUGAAGAGCCUAAACCUGCUGGAAGUAAUGAAUGUUGUCCUAUUUGCGAGGAUGGCCCAACAAUAGCUUUAGAAUCUUCAUUUUCCUCUUCAUCUUCCUGUCCAUCCCUUUCAAAUUGUGAAUUACUUUGUCAAUAUGGGUUGAAUCAAAACAAUUUUACUGGAUGUUUUGAGUGUAAAUGUGCUGGAGAUGGAGGAGAAAAUAAUAAUGUUGAAAUUGGAGAAGAAAAUAAACAACAACAACAAUACGAUUCUAUCAAUAUUACAUCAAAUUGUGAACCAGUAACAAAAGAAAAUUGUUUGUAUAAUGAUCGUGCUUAUAGUAUUGGGGAGAAUUUUCAGGAUGGUCCUUUCCGUAACUGCAGUUGCCUUUUAGGCGGCAUGCUUAAAUGUGUAGAAAUCCACUGUCCACCUUGUUCUUCCUUAUCUCUACCAAUCAUUUCAACAACAGAUAAAAUUCAAAAUAAUCAACAAGUCGAAACAACAGGAAUGAAUUGGUGUUUACAAUUAUGCUUACAACAACAAAAACUAGCUGAGAAUAAUAAAGAACAACAGCAACAACUUGUUGCCUUUGAAAGAGGAAGUGAAGAAACACUACUUUUUGAAAAUUUGCAACAACAGAAUAAUUCAACAACAACAACAACAAAAGGUAUCAAUAAUAACAACAACAAACAUUUACCCCAACAACAACAACAACAAACUUGGCCUCAACCUCAUUGGUUAUUUAUUGUUGCUGCUUUAAUUGUGUGUAUACCCGCGUUUGCUCUACUUUUACUUUUUGCAAUUUAUUUAUUAUUGGCUGUAUUGUUUAAUUCAAAAUACAGGAAAUGUGGAAAACAAAGAAAUAUUGAACAAUCUAUGCUUCCAAUCACCAAUAAUAAUAAUCAAAAUAAUAAUAAUAAUAAAUGGCAUAUUUUUCAAUUAAUACCUAAACAUUUUACCAAAGAAAAACAACAACAAAAUAAAAAUAUUAAAAAUAUUUCUAGUUCAGAUAAUACAAAUAAUAAUGAUGCUUUAGUAGUUAAAGUAUCACUCUUGGGUAUUAAUAAAAAUAAAGAGGAGGAAAAAAAUGAAGAAGAAAAAUAA